CCGUCGCUAUCAAUAAAAUGACACAGAAUGCAUCUAUCAUAAACAUGUAUAUAUGUACAGUUUAUUCUAUAGAAAUGUAAUAUUUGGACACGUGUGGGUCUCCUCUGACCGUCACAUAGAAAAACAGAAAAACGGGUCUUCGUUUUUUUUUCGUUCAGUCCAAUUAUAAAAUGUAGCAGCGGUGGAUAAGGGGCUUCAUGUGGAAUAAGGUGAACUCUGCCCUGCCUGCAGUGGACACUACGGGCAUCAGGACACCAGCUCACAUCCAGCUAAAACUAAAAAAACUCCAGCUGCAGGAUGAACGUCUGUCAACCAUUGACAGAGAAAAUCACCUGCUGGCAUCCAACCUGGCAGGCAUUGUUUGCUCUAAAGGCCUAGUGGACCACAGGAACCAAUACCACCUGUGGAGUCUGAAUGCUAACAAAAGGAAGCAAGAACUUCUGUUGAUCAGCCAUCAGAAUCAGGCCAUCUACCAGCGAAUAACAUCUUGCCCAUCGGAGUAUCGUCGUCAACUGUGGUUGGAUGAUUGGGAGAGAACGCAACGCCGGCUAAAUGACAUUUCUCGAUACCCAAAAGGGCUGGCAGACAAACAGACAUUGCACAGGAAGGUGAAGUUUGCAGCUGUGGAGAGUGGCAAACAGUCGAAGAGCUGCAGGAGGUCUAACAUGGACAGGACCAACAGAGAAAUCUGAAACACAAAGAAAUAACCUGGAGAGACUAAAAUUGUCUCCAGUUACAUUUCCUCAGUUAUCUAUCAUCAGCUUACUGCUUUAUUGAAAUGGAAAACGGACCAAAAUUGUCAUGUAUGUCUCUACUGCUAAUUCCAUAGUUUAUUUAGCUUUGGAGCAUGGCAAUGAUAGUAUGUCACCAUUCAAAUUGUUUGCAUGUUAAAUGUCAGCACGGUAAAUCAUUACAUGCUAACGAACCAUGGCCUACCCACCUUAAAUAUGCUGCACAAAUGUACAAAAAGAAAGAUUGCCCGUUGAUAUUUGCGACAAACCUAAACUCAAAACAUGUCUGAUGAAAUACAACCACAGUGUAGAGCCUUAUGGGAGGCUGAAUUUAUUCAAAGUCAGAGAUCUCUGUGCACAGUUAUUUUCAGAGAAAUGAAAAUAAGAAGUUUUGUUCUUGCUUAUGUUUGACAAAUAUAACACAUUAGAAUGCACAGAUGCAGUUAUGAUACAAGUGUGCUAGGCACUUGUAUGUGCAUGACACAGUCACUGUGUUGUGUAGACUCCUCUAUUUGUUUUUGUAUUUUACCCAUAUUGUGAGUGUCUUCGGGCAGUUAAAUUGCUAACUCUCCUUUUAAUUCUGACCACAUAAAUUUAGACCGAAUUAUUUCAACAAAUAUUGGAUGGGUGGUGAUGAAAUCUGAGUGGAAUAUUCAUGCUUUCUUCAGGAUAAACUCUAAUAACUUUAGUGACUUUUCAACUAGCACAAUCAUCAGUCCAGCAUUUUAAUUUAUCCAAUCGUCUACUUUAAUUUAUCACCAAAUACCUCCAAAACUAAUGAUGUUCCCAUUAGCCUCAGCUAUACAUUGUGUUUAGAGCUAACGAACAAAUUAUGAAACACUAUACAAAAUGUAUGAUUGUGGUAGAUGGCAUUCCUUCUACACUUCAGCAUGUUUUUUUUUUCCAGGCAUCUUAGUUUGUUGUUUCAAGAAUUGAGCUCAAAGUAUCACUUUGUCUAAGUUGCUUGCAUGGCUGAUGACUGUUAAUCCCAAUGAUGUCGCUGCAUUUGCCAUUGGUAUUAAUGGAGUAAUCUAGUAUAAGUAAACUUUUCAAUUUUUUCCCCUGCUUACUACAAAAGAAUAAACAUUAGGAAUACAAAAGAUAUCACUCUGUUUUACUCUAUACGACAAUUGCAGAGGGUGUAGACUACAAUGCCCCAUGUCCUGCAGCCUUGCAGUCUUGAGUGCUAGUCGAGUUUUACAAUUUUGUUGGUAAUAAGGUGUUUAGUGUAUUGUUCCAUGUGGUUCAUGCUUAUUUAAAUGAAACACAUUUUUCACUCUUACUCUCCAUCAUGAUUAUGGCAUUCUGAUCUGGGAAAGUUAGCAUUUAAUGCUGUGUAUGCACCACCUAUCUUUGUCAGUGAUUAAUAAAGUACUUUUCUGGACUAUGA